AUGCUACCAUGGAGGCUCUUGUCGAUAUGGGCACCUCUGCAAUGCCUGGCAUCUCUGCGAGUGGAUUCAAGGAAGGAUCCCGUCACCAAGGUGGUGAGUUUGUUGGAGGACAUGGCAAAGCAGCUGGAAGUUGAUGCGAAGAAAGACGAAGACAUAUAUGACAAGAUGGUAUGUUGGUGCACAGACACUCAGAAGGCAAAGCAGAAGUCCAUUGAUGAAGGCGCUGCUCGAAUAGAUUCUUUGUCAGCCGAGAUCGAGCAGGGCGUUGCCUUAUCAGCGCGUCUGCAGCCAGAGAUAGACAGCCUUAAGAAGGAAGCUGAGAAGAACAAACAGGCCCUGGAACAAGCCUCUGCCAUACGGAAGAAGCAGAGUGGUGAGUUUGAGGCUGAGUCUGGCGAUUUGAAAGACUCUAUCGCAGCUGUGGACAAGGCUGUCAACCUCUUGAAGAAGAAAGAUUCUGGCGCGACGUCAUUCUUGCAGGUAGCAAGCAAGGCGUCGCAGGUCAAGUCGGCAUUGCGUCAAAUGUUCUCCAAAAGUCACAGGUGGAUGGAUCCAGCCCUGAUUGAGCAAGGUGGUCUGCGGGAUAUGCGGGAUGUGAAAGAAGCAGACCUACUCCAGCUGUUGAAGCCGGGGCAAAGUACGGGUGAGAUUUUCGGCAUGCUCUCGCAGAUGUUGGACACCUUCCAGCAGAAUUUGAAAGAGAUCUCCGAGGAGGAAAAAGACAACAAGGCAGCCUUUGAGAAGCUUCAGGUUGCGAAGAGUGAUGAAAUUGAGACCAGCGCUGGCCAGAUUCGAGUUAAAGAAAAGGAGAAAGCAGCUGCUGACGAGCAACUCGCUCGCAACAAAAAGGACAAAAAAGAAGCAGAAAAGGCAUUGAAGGAGGAUAAAGAGUUUCUGGAGUCUGUUAAGUCAAAAUGCGCGAACAAUGACGCCGAGUGGGAUGCCAGGCAGGGUAUUUCUAAAACUUGCGUGAAGUCACAGACGGAAGAAGCUUCGACUGCAGUUUUUCAAGAGCUGACUCAGGGAUGUUUCUGGAUAAGUUCCUUCACUGAAAGAGAGAUCAGGGACUCUGCAGUUUUGAGCAUCUGA